UAUCUUCUGCCUUCCAUUAGUCUCAUUGUUUAGUUUGAAAGGAAUCCCAGAAUUUUUUUACAAAAAAAAGAAAUUAAAUUACAUUUCUGCUGCUAACAUAUGCAUGCAUGUUUUUUUGGAUCUGAUUUUUUAGUGUUCACAUUGGAGAAUCAAUAUAUAAAUAUAUACACACACACGUUAGACCACAAGACCAAAUAACAGGGAGGGGGAUUCGAAAUCGAACUUGGGUGCAGAAGGGAAGCACACUGCAGUAAACAACUUGCUUACGCCCAGGUCUGCGAUAUGGACUUUAUCAGUAACAGUGAAUCUGCUCGUGUUCGACGAUGGAAUUCUUGUUGAUUUCUUGGCAUAGAAUUGUACUUCCACCUCAUGGAUUCUGAUAACCGUUACAACAACGACGACAACAAGAGCAGGAACAACGAUGCAUCCACAAUAAAAAUAAAUUCCCAUGUUGAGAUGGGAUCAACGCAAUCCAAAUCAGCGUUUGAGUUCGAGGACCAGAGCCUAGUUGGUCCUGAAAAACAUUCUUUGGAUGAGGCUCCCCUCAGAGCUCUAUAUUCUGGUGGUGCAAAUGAUUGUUGUCCCCAUGUUCUGAAGAACAGUGUGGCUGACAGCAUCAGGAUUGUAGUUUUCUCUGCCAAAAUUAACCUGCUCAUGCCUUUUGGCCCUUUGGCAAUCGUUGUUGAUAAAUUAACCGGCCAUCAUGGUUGGGUCUUUCUUUUAAGCUUGUUGGGAAUCAUACCUUUGGCUGAGCGAUUAGGAUACGCAACAGAGCAGCUGGCUUGCUAUACUGGACCAACAGUUGGAGGUCUUUUAAAUGCCACCUUUGGAAACGCAACGGAAUUGAUAAUAUCAAUUUAUGCUCUGAAACGCGGCAUGAUUCGUGUUGUUCAACAGUCCUUACUAGGCUCGAUCCUGUCAAACAUGUUGCUUGUGCUUGGAUGUGCAUUCUUUGCAGGUGGACUUGUGCAUUCAAAGACGGAGCAAGUGUUCAACAAGGGAACUGCUGGAGUGAACUCUGGAUUGCUAUUGAUGGCAGUCAUGGGUCUGCUCUUUCCAGCAGUACUACACUCUACUCGGACAGAGUUGCACUAUGGGAAGUCUGAGUUAUCCCUUUCGAGAUUCACUAGCUGCAUUAUGCUCGUCGCCUAUGCUUCAUUUCUGUUUUUCCAAUUGAGAAGCCAGCAUAAUUUGUAUAUUCCAGUUAAUCAGGCAGAGGAUCAAACCGAAGAAAAUUCAGAUGAGGAAGAGGCUCCCGAGAUCACUAAGUGGGAAUCCGUAAUAUGGCUAUCAAUUCUAACCGCGUGGAUUUCAGUCCUCUCGGAAUAUUUGGUUAACGCUAUAGAGGGUGCAUCUGUUGCAAUGGGCAUCCCAGUUGCAUUUAUUAGUGUUAUUCUGCUCCCAAUUGUUGGAAAUGCAGCAGAGCACGCCGGUGCUGUUAUGUUUGCCAUGAAAGACAAGCUUGAUAUUACUUUGGGAGUGGCGAUAGGCUCAUCAACGCAGAUCUCAAUGUUUGGAAUUCCGUUUUGUGUUGUGGUUGGGUGGUGCAUGGGGUGCCCUAUGGACUUAGAUUUCCAACUGUUUGAGACAGCAACGCUUUUCAUAACUGUUCUGGUUGUAGCCUUCAUGCUGCAGGAGGGAACAUCUAAUUACUUCAAAGGACUAAUGCUCAUUCUUUGCUACAUUAUCGUCGCUGCAAGCUUCUUUGUACAUAGAGAUCCUAAAGCGAUUCAGGAUAAGCCCCAGAACCCGAAGCAGUAACUGAAUCAUCGAAGCGGGUGAUCAACUAAUGCGCAAAGCCGAUGUCAUGUACUGAAGAAGCGAGGUUUUUGCCGGCUGGCCUCCCGGAAUCAUUAAGAUUAAAGAGUAACUUGUUUGGUAAUGCCGGAUAGUUUUCCAUGUCGAAAUUAGUACGCCUGAUGCCCGGGAAAUGUGUUGUUAUUUCCCUUACUUUGCCUCGGAAGCCAGUGGAUGUAUGUAUAUCUGUCCCAAUGCCACAUUGGAGCAGAGAAGAGAGAGAUGGAUAUUAUAGGGUAAAAAGUUUAAAUUUGGUGCUCAAAAAAAUAGGAAUGGUAAUAGUCUAAUGUAAAAGAUUCAGUAAAUUAAGGAUGUAUGACAUUGUAAUGCUUUAAAAAUAAGGUAUAAGUUUAUACUUAUACCAAAAUUUGAAGGUACAAAUUGUAAUUUACCCUUGAAAGUU